AAAGAGAGGAGGAGUAUGACAUCACAAUGGCCCGCCCAUUCAGCAUUAAUCUAUAUUUUCUAUGGGUCCCGAGUGUGUAUGUGUGUGCAGUUGAACAGUUUCGAAGGAGAAAAGCAGAAUAGCAGGGAAACCUAAACGGAGAAGUGAUCUGGAGACGCACCAAUGAGGUUAAAAACCACGUUGUCCUUUUAAUUAUUAAACUAGUCCAUUUGGAGAAGUAACGUCGGGAUCGAGUUUAGAAGCGCAUGUUGUUUUUCUUACGAACGGGACAGUGAAGAAAGAAGCAGCGUACAUUUAGAAUCAGACGGUUGUUUCGCCCAUCUGUCUGCCUCCAAUCAAUCCUUAUAAACAUAGGACUGCAAGCUACAUAUUGUUACUGAAGUGGGCUAAGAUUCCCGCUUUAUCAGAUCGGUGUGUGGACACAGGUCUGUCUCUGUCUCUGGGCAGGAGUGUAAUGGCUGAGCCAGACUAUCUGGAGGGGGACUGUGAGGAGCUGAUCAAACCCAAGAAACUGUUGAACCCAGUCAAGGGCUCCAGAAACCACCAGGACCUCCAUCGAGAACUCAUGAUGAACCAAAAGAGGGGCCUAGCUCCCCAGAACAAACCAGAGCUCCAGAAGGUUCUGGAGAAGAGGAAGAGAGAGCAGGUCCUCAAGGCCCAGAGGGAGGAGCAGGAGGCCCACACCAAGAGGAGCGACCUGGAGAUAGAGCUCAUGAAGAGACAACAGAAACUAGAACAGCUUGAGUUGGACCAGCAGAAGGAUGAGGAGGAGCAGGAGAACACCCCUGAGUUUGUGAAGAUGAAGAGCAACCUGAGAAGGACCAAGCAGGAGGCCAAUGGGGAGGAACUUACCACUUAGGGAGCCAUGGGUGGUGUGUUUGUGUGUGUGGAAAAAUAGAAAGCAACUGUGUACUGUACAUAGAGGAAUGUUUGUGCAUAUGUGAGUGUGUGUGCCUGUGUGCAGAUUCAAUGGCACAUGUUAUCUGAUAUGGACUUCCUGAUUUAUCUGACCCUGUUGAGAAAGACUUAAAGACUACAGACCAAUUUGUCUGCCCACUACAGACCAGCAGUACUACAUACCUCUUUGUCUGUCCACUACAGUACUCCCCUCACCACAGUACUCGCCUCACCUCAGCCAGAGAGGAGACUUAGCCACCUGUACUCACCUCAGCCUCUCCACUCAACACACAGGGACAGAGAGGAGACUUAACAUGAACGUGCUACACGUGAAGAACAGCCAGUCAAUCUUCUGGGGAGGUCUGAUGCAGGGACCAACAGAACCAACACAGAGUUUCCAUCCCCUCUGUCUCCUGUCUUCCCCUCUGUCUCCUGUCUUA